AUCACAUAUGAGAUGUAAGCAGAGAUAAGAGGAAGACACGGAGGACAAGGAGGAGGAGGAACUGAAACUCCUCCCAUUUUGAUUUGUGUCAAAGCUGACAGCUAGAUCACAAGAGAAGCUAGAGCACAGGAGAAGACCUGGAAGGACGGGACAGAGGGAGAGUGAGGAAUGUAGAGAUUAUGGAAACUACGACGGACAGUGCAAAUUAGAGGACGAAGGGAGAGAUAUCCGACCUGACUCUGGGUGUUUUCUGUCUUCUGCAGAACUACAGGAACCGAGGGUGUGACCGUGCUUAGGACGUCGACACACAUCUGUCUCGUGAAUGCGUGAACAUCUGGCCGGUGCAGCCGACACGCUGUCAAGAAUUUACGCUCUCCUAACAAGCCAUCAUCAUCCUCAUCAUCCUCAUCGUCAUCCUCAUCCUCAUCAUCCUCAUCAUCCUCAUCGUCAUCCUCAUCAUCCUCAUCGUCAUCAUCCUCAUCAUCCUCAUCGUCAUCCUCAUCAUCCUCAUCAUCAUGGCCUUCAUGCCCACGCCAGGACUCAAUUUCUCUUCACGCCUCCCCAACACCACGUCCACCUCCGCGACCACGACUAUCCUAAGCAGCAAAGAAGGAACCAUAGUAGCAGCUGUGAUCCUAAGCAUCGCCUUCCUCCUCGGCAUUCCCGGCAACCUCUUCGUCAUCUGGAGCAUCAUGGCACGAACGCGACGCCCCUCGGUCACCACCACGCUUAUUCUCAACCUGGCCUGCGCAGACGGCAUGCUCAUGCUGCUCACGCCGUUCUUCGUCAUCUACCUCGUCCAGCGCUCCUGGAUCUUCGGCCAGACCAUGUGCAAGGUCCUGUAUUACUUCUGCUGCGCCAACAUGUACGCCUCCAUCUUCCUGAUCACGCUGAUGAGCCUGCACAGGCUGGUGGCCGUGGUGUGGCCGCACCGUAUCGCCACCUUAAGCAUGCGCAACACUGUACUCCAAACACUUCUGGUGAUCUGGAUCCUGGCUUUAGCUCUGGCUGUGCCCGUUUUAAAGUUCAGGGACAUCAGCAAUAGCACAGCGGAAAAAAUCGUGUGUGACUGUCUACACAGCGAGCCCGGAUAUGCGGUGAUGCAGUACUCUAUGGAGACGGUCCUGGGCUUCUUGCUGCCGUAUGGCGUGAUCCUGGUCAGUUACAGACGGGUUCUUCUCAGGAUUCGCCGCACGCGCUUUCAGAGACGCAUUCGCAGCGAGAAGCUCAUUCUGUUCAUCGUGCUCACCUUCGCACUCUUCUGGCUGCCGUACCAUGUCGUCAACGUGCUGCAGGUGACCGAAGCGUUCCUUGGGGACUCGAAUUCUAAGAUACACAAGAUCCGGACGCUACUGAGGCCCUUUGCGGCUGCAGUGGCCUUCGUCAGCAGCUGCAUUAACCCCAUCCUGUACAUGUAUGUAGGAAAGGCGUACAUGCGCCGGGCGGGUAUGGGCUUCAUGGCGCGUCUCUUCGAGGCCACGGGACGCGAUUCGGCGUCUCGUAAAUCUCAGAACCAGCAGCGUGAGCUGGGAGAAAACGACGGACUGCGUGAUAAGGAGUCCGAAUCCACGACGAGCGUGAACACCAGCAGUAACGUCAAAACGACGCGCGUUCAAAAUGGGACGCGAGGAGACAUAUGAAACCUAGAGGAGCGGCUUCACGUGUCAGAUAAGAGGAGAGAAAUCGUUUUCACAGCAGCUCAUGAGGAGUUUUAUUCUGAUCCAGCAGAGCGAGCGGCCGGUAGAUCAGGUCAAGACUGCCUCCUAGUGAUAGCUCCUGCUUCAUUGCUCCAGGGUUUCACGUGAAUGCCGGUCUCUCAUGGUUCACGUCUCUGUCCGUCACGUGGCAACAAAAAGCUUUCUAUCACCCGUCGUACGAGUUGAGUGGAUCAGAGAAGAGCUGAAGUCAUGUCGCGCUGAAUGAAAAGGCUGUGUUUCAAUCCAAAAUGGCUGAUUUCAAGGCAUUUUGGGAUUCAUUCGCCCCCCCUAAAAAAAAAAAAACCUGUCUCAGGUCAGUUCACGUUAAUGGAUUUCACCUUCCGGUGAUUUAGAGGCAGACAAAAUGAACUCCAAAGCUGAAAACUGGAUUCACACCGGUGUAAAAUAUGGAAUCUUCGAACGUCCAAAAAAAAAAAAAAAAACCCCAUACAGUUGCGAGCAAAAGUUUGUGCACCCUCGGGACAAAAAAACCGACGAAGGGAAGACAAGACUCUUAUAAAUAGCGAGUAAACGUUACGAGUGUAAACGUUCAGUGCGUCUCCGUUCUGAAUGUGAAAUCAAUGUUCUCAAAAAUACAUUACGAAUGUCCUUGAUAUAUUUAUAUAUACACAGGCUGGUCACUUUAAUAGGAACACCUGGACAGAUUGAAGUAAAGAUCGUCUGGCCUUUUUCCGGUCUUCACCUGUCCAGUUUCGAUGAUCUCAUGCCCUCUGAUUCCUGUUCUUGGCUGACAGGACGGGAACCCGACGUGGUCUUCUACUCUCCUGCCUCGCGGUGUUGAGGCGUACUGAGAUGCUUUUCUGGUUGUAGAGCGUUCCUGUCAGCUUGAAGCAGUCUAACCGUUCUCCUCGGACGCUCUCUCAUCAUUGCGGCGUUCCCGCUCUCGGAAAUGCUUCUCGCUGGACGUUUUUUAUGGUUUCCACAUUAUUCUGUGUAAACUCUAGAGACUGUUUCAUGUGAAAACUGAGCACUGAGCUGCUGCCACAUGAUUGGCUGUUUGGAUAAAAGCAUGAAUAUGCAGGUGUGGUAUUUCUAUUCAAUUCAGUUUCAUUUGUAGAGCGCUUUUAACAACGGACAUUGUCUCAAAAGCAGCUUUACAGAAACAUAUCAAUCCAGGAUUUAGAUUUUAAAUGUAUGAACUGAUCCCUAGUGAUGGUUUGAAUAUUUGAUAUGACUCGUGUCAAAGAGAGAGAUACGCUCGUGUCGUGUUGGCCGGGCUUGUGCAAGAUCCUUUCGUUUGUUUGUAAUGUGAGAAACCGCAUAUGUACUAUGUACAGGAAACAGAAACGAUUAGUUCACAUCCUGACUCUGUUCUCUGGUCUGAGUAUUAUAUAUUCUGCAUAUAUUCUGUACCGGAUACACUGUAUUUCUUACAAUUUACAAAGUUGUGAAUGUCUGUAAUGAUGGUCGUUUAUCCAUAACACUGAAUCUGGUAAUAAAUAAGGCUCUCAUUUCAGAGCCUCAGCCUACACGACUGUCACGUGACAAAAGAUCUGGGACCAGAAGACCCACUUGAGUUGUGUAUUAAUCAUUUCCAUUUCUAAUCACUUGUCCUUGGCUGCAUUAUCAUUUUUUUCGUUACUGUGAAUAUGAUCAAAGUUUGUGUAAGUAGAUGGUUUAGGGGAAUUGUAAAUGUAAACUUUUAAUUGAAUUCUGCUCACUGGAACGAUACGUAAGGAAAUGAUCCAAUCACUAAUGUGUACAGGCGUUCCUAUUAAAGUGGCCAGUGAGGGCAUAUCUGUAUAUCGUAUAUUAUUCAUCGAUUAAUCAUUCAAUGGCUAGUUUUAUUGUAUUUCUCAUCUUAUGUGUUUUUCCCCCAUUCUCCUCACCACAUAUAUGGUAAUGAGGGGGGUGUGGCCAAAAAAGUAAACUGCAUAUUUAUGUGCAUAGUUAUAUAAUGGUAUAUAUACACACUGUUUUAUUUUAUUUGAGUAAAUAAAACAAAAGAAAAUAAAUUUUAUAUCAUUUUUUAAA